GAAAGGGACUUUGGCAGGACUCGGUAGGGAGCUGAGGGGUGGACCUUUACUGGCGGCGGCGGCAGCAGCGGCAUCGCCUGUGAGGCGGGCGGUUGACUAGGCCACAGCAGUCAGUCGGUUAACUAGGCCGGAGCAGCCAUGGCGGUUGACUUUGGGGACCACGCCAGCGGGUUCCGCCAUACCGAGGUGAUCAGGUUCAUCAACAAUGAAGUCCUCCUGAACGGCGGCGGCCCAGGUUUCUACGUGGCCUUCCGCUCACGGCCCUGGAACGAAGUCGAGGACCGGCUUCGGGCCGUGGUGGCGGACCCGCAGGUGCCGCACGCCAUCAAACGGGCCUGCGCCUGGAGCGCGCUGGCCCUGAGCGUGCGCGUGGGCGCAAGGCAGGGGGAGCAGCAGGCGCGCCGGGUCCGGAGGCUGCAGGAGCAGGUAGAGGAGCGCGAGACCGCUGCCUGGGCCCUGGCCUCCGAGCUGCAGCGGCUGCGUGCGGACCGAGAGGAAGCGGCCACACAGUUGCGCUUCACGCGGACCGCCCUGCAGCAGGCGCUGUCGGAGUGCGAUGUGCUUCGUGGGCGGCUGCAGCAAGUGGAGAGGUCCGCCCAGGUCAACCCGCUGGCCCCUGAAACGCUGCCUGGGCCUCGAGCUGAGCAGUUUGGGACUGCAGCCUGGCCCCUGAAUGCCGAGCAGCAGAGAGAUGUGGUUGCCAUGGGGCUUCCUAGUAGGUUGUAUUUUGAGGCCCAGGUGCCAGCCCCGGCAACUGUUCUUUACAUGCCAGGACCUCCAGGUCCCUGCGCUCAGGCCAUACAACCCCCUGUGCCGAUGCCGGUGCCAUACCCACUUCCAUUCCAUGCACCUCUCCCAGUGGGAAUCCCAUUCUUGCCUCCUCUGCCACCGACAGUAGUCAUGGAUGCAGAAGCUGCAGUAGUCCCGCUUCAGAUGCCUCCCGUGGGGAUUUAUUCAUCUGGUCCAAAUGCUGCAGUGGGCUCCCAGGAGGAGGUGGCCCCACCAUGGGACCAAAAGAGUUCUAGCCAGGAGGGAGGUCCUGAGACCCUCCAGAAUACAGUUCCUGUGGGGAACAUCGGAAACCUGAGCCAGGAAGGUCUAGAGAAAACUCAGGGGAUGGUCCCCCCUGGAGAUAGCUGGAGCCACAGCCAGGAAGAAGGUCUAGAGAAGGCCCAGGGCUUGGCCCCCCUUAGGGAGAGCUGGAGCCAGGGCCAGAAAGAAGGUCCAGAAAAGGCCCAGGAGGUGGUCCCCUCUGGGGAUAGCUGGAGUCAGGGCCAGAAAGAAGGUUCAGAAAAGGCCCAGGAGGUUGUCCCCUCUGAGGGUAGCUGGAACCAGGGCCAGGAAGAAGGUCCAGAAAAGGCCCAAGAGGUGUUCCCCUCUGGGGAUAGCUGGAACCAGAGCCAGAAAGAAGGUCCAGAGAAAGUCCAGGGGAUGGUCCCCUCUGGGGAUAACUGGAGCCAGAGCCAGAAAGAAGGUCCAGAGAAAGUCCAGGGGAUGGUCCCCUCUGGGGAUAACUGGAGCCAGAGCCAGAAAGAAGGUCCAGAGAAAGUCCAGGGGAUGGUCCCCUCUGGGGAUAACUGGAGCCAGAGCCAGAAAGAAGGUCCAGAAAAGGCCCAGGAGAUGGUCCCUUCCAGGGAUAGCUGGGGCCAGAGUCAAGAAAAAGAUCUAGAGAGUCCCCAGGGGGGACUCCUUGGGGAUAGUUGGAAACUCAGCCAGGAAGAUCCGGAGAAAUCCCAGGAGGUGGUUACCCUUGGUGCCAGCCAGGAAGAAGAUCCAGAGACUUCCCUGGAGAUGGUAUACCCGGGGGCCAGUGAGAGCCACAGCCAGGAAGAAAGUCCAGAAAGACCCCAAGGGAUGGCCCCCUUUCGUGCCACCAGGGACAAUGGUAAGGAAGAAGAUCCAAGAGGGCCCCAGGAGAUGGUACCCCUGGGGGCCAGUGGGAGCCAUAGCCAGGAAGAAGAUCUAGAGAGGCCUCAGGAGGUGGUACCUCUGGGGGCCUGUGGGAGCCAUAGCCAGGAAGAAGAUCUAGAGAGGCCUCAGGAGGUGGUACCUCUGGGGGCCAGCGGGAGCCACAGCCAGGAAGAAGGUCUAAAAAAACCCCAAGUGAUGGCCCCCCUUGGUGCCAGUAGGAGCAACAGCCAGGAAGAAGAUCCAGAGGGGCCUCAGGAGGUGGUACCCCUGGGGGCCAGUGGGAGCCAUAGCCAGGAAGAAGAUCCAAAAAUCCCCCAAGGGAUGGCCCCCUUUGGUGCCAGUAGGAACAAGAGCCAGGAAGAAGAUCCAGAGGGGCCUCAGCAGAUGGUAUCCCUGGGAGCCAGUGGGAACCGCAGCAAGGAAGAACAUCCAGAAAGAUCCCAAGGGAUGGCCUCUUUGGGGGACAACAGUAGCCAAAGCCAGGAAGAAGACCUAGAGAGGCCCCAGGAGAUCUCCCUAGGGGAUGGCUGGAGCGAAGGUGUGAGGGAAAGCCCAAAGAAACAGCAGCCUCAGGGGCAGAAGGCCAAGCAACCCAAAGGGAAAAAAGCUUUGGAUUUCCAGCACCAGGAGAAGUCUGUCUCAGGAUGCAGUCCAGUGAAUUGGGACUGCCCGUGGUGUAAGGCCAUGAAUUUUUCAUGGCGUAAGGCCUGCUAUAAAUGCAAGAAAGUGUGUGUGGCAGGUGAGAGUAGAGGCCUGGACCCAGGACAAAUUCACUGAUUUC